UUUUUCGCUAGAAUUCUUGAAAUAGCAGGGCCCAGGGGCAGGAAGGGAGCUGGGUUGUGCCUGCUAACAGAGCCAGAGGGCCGUGCCAGGGAUGCAGCGAGCGCGGUGUUUGCAGAAAACGGAUCGCGGAGGGGUGAGGCCGGGCAGGUCCUUCCGACCCCGGGCGCAGAGAACCACCGCAGCCGGGCCCCCACCCCAACACGCAGGGAGAGAGCGCAAGGCCAGGAGGUGGCAGAGACAGCGCGCCGCUCUCGAGUGGCUGUUCCUCCCUUCCCCGGCUCUCUCCCUGGGCACCCGCGGCCGAGAAGGUCCACAGGACCAGAGCCGGACCAAAGCUCCGCUCCGCUCCGCUGACCCUGUAUGCGGGUCUCCAGUCGGCGGAGGCAGACUUGGCUCCCCGGACCGUGGCCCAUCGCUCGCUAGCCCGGCAGCCGCGGGAGCGCUUGCGUCCUCGGUCCUGGGGCCGCCGCCGCCCGCGCGCAAGCGACCAAGCCUUGGCCAAGGCGGCUUUCCCACCCAGCGAGGCAGAUCAAGUCCACAGAGCGGCUGUGUCUCCUGGCCCGGGAGCAGCGGCCGCCGGGGGGCCUCCAGGCCCAGAAAUGCUGGAGCCUCAACAGGGCGCGGCGGGGCGCUGGGCCUCCGGAAACCGACCGGGAGGGGAUGCUCCAGUCUGUCCUGCGGAGGCCGCGAUGCGGGCACUGCUCCUUGGUCUCUGGCAGGCUCAACCUGCUCUCUUCCAAAGAACUGGGCCAACGGCCCAGACAGGCCGCCUCCUGGAACUCAGAGGAGGAAAAGCCACAUAUGAAUGAGAAAGAGGAACAACACCUUAAGGAAAUACUUUUUAAUACAGCCUCAAUUAUUCAAACUUAUAAAUUAACCAAGGUGAAAAUAAUCACUAAAGCAAAAUAAAAUCUUGGAAGCAUGAAAAUAGUAUGCACUGUUUCUGUAUAGAAUCCUUGAGUUAGUUCACAGUCUCUCUCCAAAGAAGCAAAGAGAGAAAUGUAGAAAGUGACUUUCUUUUCUUAUAUUUCUGUUUUAAUCACUGUAUCUCAUUUACCUCAUUGGAAAUCCAUCAGAGAGUAUUACUUUUGUGGCAUGAAGGGUCAGAAAUGUUUUCUCUGCUAGGUUCUAGUGAUUAAAUAGUUAUGAGACAGAUUAACAGGAGAAAACAAAGUUCAAUAACAUGUAUACCUCCUGUAUCCUUGGAACAGACCCAGGAAAACUGUAAGCCGGGGUAUGGUUGUUAUGCAGAUCUAAGUCCUGGUCUUUUCUCUUGAUAUGAGUUUCUAGAGAUUGAAUCAUCCCCUUCUUCCAGACACAGUGAAGGAUGGAGACA